CAAGGUCCACAGGGAAUCUCUUAAUCUAUGAGGAGGGAAGUCAUUUAUGAGAGGCGCUGGACUUUCAUAAGUGACAAUGUCAGCUUGGAUAUUACUGCUCACUGUGGGUGUGUCUGCCCUGGGACUGUCCUGGGGUCAGCGAACUGAACCCAUGUUUGCCUCAGUAACUCAGAAUGUUUUCCCACCGGACUAUGAGAAUAACCCUACGCAGCUCAACUAUGGCGUGGCUGUCACUGACGUGGAUGGAGACGGAGAUCUGGAGAUGUUUGUGACAGGCUACAAUGGCCCAAAUCUGGUGUUGAAGUAUGACAAGUUUAAGAAGAAGCUUGUUAACAUUGCGGUUGACAACCGCAGUUCUCCAUAUUAUGCACUCAGAGAUCGACAGGGCAAUGCCAUCGGAGUGACAGCAUGUGACAUAGAUGGUGAUGGCAGAGAGGAAAUUUACGUCCUUAACACUAAUAACGCCUUCUCAGGGAGAGCAACGUACACUGACAAGCUCUUUAAGUUUCGUAAUGGGCGGUUUGAGGAUCUACUGAACGAUGACAUAAAUGAACAUAGAGACGUUGCCAAUCGCGUAGCUGGCCGGUCAGUCGCAUGUGUGGACAGAAAGGUAACACCUCUACUAAGGGGACGGGGGGUCGUGGUCGGUCCCAUCCUCAGCCAGACCCUACCUGAUAUUUUCUGUGACAAUGAGUACAGCCCUAACUUCCUGUUUCGCAACAACGGAGACGGUACAUUUACAGAUGUGGCAGCACAAGUGGGGGUUGAUGACCCGAUGCAGCAUGGCCGUGGAGUGGCGUUAGCAGAUUUUAAUCGGGAUGGGAAGACUGACAUUGUCUAUGGAAACUGGAAUGGGCCGCAUCGUCUGUUCCUACAACUCAGCAAUAAUCGCAAGCAAAGGUUUAAGGACAUCGCCACACAGAAGUUUUCCAUGCCAUCUCCUGUUCGUACUGUCAUCGCAGCUGACUUUGAUAAUGACAAUGAACUGGAGGUUUUUUUCAACAACAUUGCCUACAGAGGACCAUCAGCCAACAGACUGUUCAGAGUUUCUCGGAGAGAACACGGAGAUCCACAGAUCGAGGAGCUGAACGUCGGGGAGGCCGCCGAACCAGAGGGACGGGGAACCGGAGCAGCUGUGAUUGAUUUUGAUGGAGAUGGACAGCUGGAUCUUCUGGUGACGCAUGGGGAAAGUGCAGCUCAACCCAUCUCGGUGUAUCGAGUCACUCAGGGCUCAUCUAAUAAAUGGCUGCGUGUGAUUCCACGCACACAGUUUGGGGCUUUUGCGCGUGGGGCAAAGGUGAUAGUCUACACCAAGCGAAAUGGCCCUCACACACGCAUUAUAGAUGGAGGAUCAGGGUAUUUGUGCGAAAUGGAGCCAGUGGCUCACUUUGGGCUCGGGAAAGAUGUGGCCACCAGUGUGGAAGUGUUCUGGCCAGAUGGACGUUCUGUGGCGAGAGCUCUGGAGCCCAGCGAGAUGAACAAAGUGAUGGAGAUCUAUUACCCUGAGAAUGAGGAAGAGGUGACCCAAGUGGUGGAGAUCGAGUGUGGACCAGGAUUUGAGGUCAAUGAAAAUGGCCGUUGCACUGACCAAGACGAGUGCACACAGUUUCCGUCUGUCUGUCCCUCUGAGCGACCUGUCUGCACCAACACCUACGGGAGCUUCAAGUGCCGUGCAAACAAGAGGUGUAACCAGGGAUACGAGCCUAAUGACGAAGGGACAGCAUGUGUAGCCCAGGUGGCUUAUUUUGGAGGAAACAGAUCCUCAGCCUUCAAGCUCUUGGCUUCCCAUCUUUGGCCUCUCGUACUAACUCUUCUCGCUGUCUUUACUGCUUGCUUGGAGGCAUGAAGGGCAGUGCCUCCCCUCUCCUGACAUCUCUUCCACCCUGCUUGGUCUCCGAUUCUCUGCUUUCCUUUCAUUUUCGCACUGAGGUGUUUGGGAGUCAGCUGUAAAAUGAACUCUCCAUGGACCUAUUGCUCUUGCAAUGUCGUCACUA